AUAUUAAUUUAUUGGAUGAAUUACCCUGUCUAAACUCCCUAGAUUCAUGUCAAGCGUCCCAUUUUAUCUUCCGAUUUUGUAUUUAAGCAUUCUUCUUGGAUCUCUUAGUCUUUUUUCGUUUUUUUAUACAAAACAUAAGAACAUAAAAAUAUCACCUUUGGAAGAAUGGUUUUCGUCUAAUACAUCGAGGGACAUUUAUUUUUCGCUGCUUCAUCUUUCUGACUCGGUUCCGACGAAUAUUCUUAAAGCAGCAUUGUUAGAAAGGGCAAGAGAAAACUUGAAACGUAUUCAUGAGCUUCGUCUGAAGAAGACGGUUCUUAAUCAAGCAGUUCAACGGGGACUAUUGUCAAAUGAUUUAUGGAAACAAUUUCGUUUAUUAGAGAAAGAGCUCGAAUUAGAGGUAAUGGAUAUAUCGAAGGAGGCCCAGUCCUUCAGGAAGGAUUGGGGACAACUUAUUUUUCAAACGGCUAAUGAAAUGGUUCUGAAUGAGCAAUUACGACAAAAUAUCAUGCAAAUUAGAGAUAUGGCAGAAAGAGAAGGAAAAAGAUAUGAAAAAUUGAAAAAAAUCUCAGAAAAAGUCAAAGAAGAACAAAAACGAAUUGCAGAAACCGAAUUACUUAAAGAAGCUGAUUCUUUUAAUGUUUCUCAAAAAAAAAAAACAAAAAUAUAAUUUAUAUAUUUAUUAACUAAACAA